GAACCGUACAGAGCCACUUUUACGCGGAGUAAAAUAAGAAAGGGUAAAAACUCGCCACCGGAUUACCAGUUAUAGCCGGUGAAGAUGGGUUUUUGAGAGGUGGAUUUCAAGAACGGGCAAAGUAUAUGUAGAGGGCUUGGAAGGAAAACACAUCCCUUUCGCAGAGAGUAAAAAAAUUAAUGUCCACAUCCUCUCAAUCUGUCUUAUCUACUUAAUCCUCUCUCAACGAGAAUUAGUGACUAAGAAACUAUCUGUGUGAUUUCUUGUUUUUCUUUUUUUCUUUGUUGCUUAAUUUUCAAGGUAAUUUUUAUUUUAGAGAGAGAGAGAGAGUGGUGAUGGAGUUUGAGGAUCAGGAAGAGCAUGAGGAGGAAGAGGAGAUGGAGUUGCCGGCGAGUUACGACUCGUUGGGUAAUUCUUCCCGAGUCAAAAUGAUGAGCUUAGGAGGUGAACAAGCAGCGACUGGAGCAGGACCGGUUCAGUCCACGAAGCCAAGGUAUAGAGAGUGUUUAAAGAACCACGCGGUGGGGAUCGGUGGGCAUGCGCUGGAUGGGUGUGGCGAGUUCAUGGCCGCUGGAGCUGAAGGAACGCUAGACGCGCUGAAAUGUGCCGCGUGUAACUGCCACAGAAACUUCCACCGCAAAGAAACCAACGACUCGACAACUCCAGGGGGAGAACUAUUCUUCCACGGCCAUCCUCACCCACAUCACCUUCAUCCUCAGGUGCCGCAAUUCGCACCGUAUUACAGGACCCCAGCAGGAUACCUCCACGUUGCUCCACCACAACAACGGCCAUUAGCAUUGCCAUCAACUUCAGGAGGUCAGAGUAGGGAGGAUCAAGAAGAUGUGUCGAAUCCAAGUGGGGGCCUAUUUGGAGGUGGCAGUGGUGGUGGGUCGUCGAGGAAGAGGUUUAGAACCAAGUUCACGCAGGAACAAAAGGAGAGAAUGUUGGCACUAGCUGAGAGGUUGGGGUGGAGGAUUCAAAAAGAUGAUGAAACAGCUGUGCAGCAUUUCUGCAAUGAGACUGGAGUGAAGAGGCAUGUGCUUAAGGUUUGGAUGCAUAACAACAAGCACACUCUGGGUAAGAGACCCUAGGUGGGAAUUCUGGCACUAUCAUCUUAGGAUUUUUAGGUAGUUUUUUAGGGUUUCUUUUGUUUCUGUUAGUAUUGUUUUCGCCUUUCUUUUCUCUUCUUGGAGGGUAGUGGUGGUGGGUAUGGGGGUGUUUUAUUUGUGGACAGUGAUGGAGUUGGGCCGGCGGAUAUUAUGUCAGCUGGCUUUAGACUCUAAAGAAGAUUAAUGUUGAUGGCUAUUUUCAGUUUUCUAUUUCAGUGCUGCAUUUUGAAAGCUUUUCUGGCUUGUGAAUUUCAGUGGUUAUUUUGCUUU